AUGGUAUCCAGUACAACAACCAACCUAUUGUUUACCAGAGAGGAUAUUGAUAACUCACCAUCAAGGAGAGAUGGCAUCGAUAUCGAAGUCGAAGAUACACAAAGGCGCUACGGUGUAGAGAUCAUUCAAGAGGCUGGGCUACUACUGAGGCUGCCUCAAGUAUCGAUCGUCACUUCUCAAAUCAUCUUUCAUCGAUUCUAUUGUCGACAAUCAUUCAAGACUUUUGAUGUCAAGAAUAUAUGCAUGGGAGUUGUAUUUGUUGCCGCAAAGUAUACAGAGUCGCUGGGUGGCAGACGUCUACGUGAUGUAGUCAAUGUGUUCAAUUAUAUAUUUCAAAAGAGUGAAGGUACAAAGGCAGAGUCAUUGGAUACACGCGAGGUGUUAUACUGGCGCAUGAAGGCUGAUGUCGUUGACGCCGAACUGAUCAUUCUGAAGGAGUUUGGAUUCCUGCUGACAGUGGAGCCACCUCACAAGUUCAUCCUAAACUACAUGAAGCUGCUGGAGAAGAGCAAUGAGUUGGCACAGAUGGCGUGGAACUACUUGAACGACAGCAUGCGCACCACACUCUCCAUCCAAUACAAGCCAGAGUCAAUAUCCGCCGCUGCCAUCUUCAUGGCGUCCCGAGUGCUCCGUGUUCGCCUGCCCGAGGAACCCUACCCCUGGUGGGAGAUCUUUGACACAACAAAAGAGGAAAUCGAAGCCAUCACAAGUGAGAUAUCCAAUCUUUAUACAAAACCAAAGCCAUUCUACAUUGACUUGCAGAAGUUGUAUGGAGCAAUUGACAACAACAACAACAAUGCCAAUGUCAUUGUCCAACAUUAG